AUGCUUCGAGGAGUUCAACCUCGCUUGAAAAAAAGCGUUCUUUUGGCUUUCGUAUUGGCCCUUAGCAUGUUGGUUUUCUUCACAUUGAAUUACGUCAAACCACGCGACGUCCUUGUUAAACCUGUCACGUUGGCCCAAGAAAGAAACACUUUCAAAAAUCCCAUCUACGAUUCUUGGGCUAAACAUACUCCACUGAAGAGCAAACUUUCUAGAUGUGAUGACUACUUGAAUCGGCUUGAGAAGUUGCUCCCGCAUCGGACUUUACCGGGAUUUGAAGAAGUUCGCAAGACCGUUUUCACACCGCUCUUGUAUAAGAAAAAGCGCUGGAUAGCAGAAGAGAAGAAACACUACCGGAGAAGGCUCAGGGAUAAGGGAAUCCGUUUGAACGAUGGCCACAUGAAGAUCUUGGAGAAACUUUACUACGACGAAUUGCGAAAAUUGAGUCUCUUCGAGAAGGGUUUUAUUCAUGAUCUCAAUCAUCUACGUACUUUUGGAAAUUGUCUCACAGACGAGAAAUGUACUAUCUUAAGUGACGAUGCUCAUUCCAAGAGUCUUACUGGGAAGUUACUUCCGUGGUUUCUGGGCUCCAUGCCCACUGUGGAUCGAAAAUUAGCCAUGGCGUCUACAAAAUCUCUUUUAGCCCAGCUUAAGGAGACACUGAAAGGAAAGGGAAUCGUGAUCCCGCUUUUCCCCCAUCAAGAGAAAUCAGUUCAGUUGCGGAAUACUAAAGGCUUAAUUUAUGUGCUUCGCGCUUUGCAAAAUAAACUUCCGAUCGAAAUUACAUACGUUGGAGAAAAGUUUAUCAAUAAAGCAACCGAGGACUCACUUCGGAAUGCUGCAAAAGACCCUUUGGAUGUCGUUCCCCAUUCUCAAGUCGAAUAUGCUAACUUGAAUGGAAUUGCAAAUACACUGUUUGAAUGGCCAGCUCAAAAUAUCAGGUUCGUCAAUUUAGAUCCAACCCUAGUUAACUCACUUCAAGUAAGCGACAGUCUCAUGUUGGUUUUGUCCAACAUCUUCAAUUCUUUUGAAGAAGUUAUGAUGAUUUCUCCGAGAACGAUUCCCUUGAAAGAGAACUUGGAAUCUCUAUUUGAAAACGAUGGAUACAAGCAACAUGGUACCCUUUUCUUCAAAGAAAGAUCUCUGUUGGAGUUCAAGCCUCAGAAACCUCCAGCGGGAUACUAUGACGUCAAGCAGCUAAUCAAUCGAUAUGCGGGUGUUAAUGAUUAUGACAAACAAUUUUUCGGACUCCAUGUUCCGGAAACUCAGCAUACAAGCUGGGUAAGAGAAAAAGGUUUUACCAGACUUGCGGAUCCUUCCUUCAUGCUUUUAAAUAAAACUAAAACGUUACCUGGUCUCCUCAUCUCAUCGGCUUUACCGUUUUAUGGUGUAUUAAAACCUAAAUAUGAUUUCUCAGGAGAAUUAAAUCCUGAAAUAAUGUGGCUUGGACAAGAGCUUUCGGGCACAGUUCAGAAGGUCAACUUUAACUCGAAGUUUGCAGUUGCUGCUGGCGUGAUUACGCCAUUCAGUAACAGAGAAGUUUCGGGCAGCUCACAAGAAUUAUGCUCGAGUUCAUGGGCCCAGUUGUCCGAUGUCGACGACUAUACACUCAUUUAUGUCACGUCUCAUCAACUCGAUAAUGGUGUUUUGCCAAAAUUUCGAGAGGAUUUGGAACAAAAAUACGUUGAAUCUGGUGCGGGCGCAAAUAAACUGGAUCACACCCUAGUACAAAAUACCGUUGCCAAGAAUCUUCUUUUUAUCCAGUCUGUUCUCCAAACUAUUCCGUUGGAAGAGCCAUAUCCAAAUAUGGCUGGGGAACAGACUAAAGCUUGGCGCCAUUUGAAUACUUUCGGACUGGCAAAAGAUUAUUGGUGUGCCUACGACAUCGUAGGCAGUGCUCUACUGCCGAAUAGGGGGUUGAUUAUUGACUAUGGUAAGAAGGUUACAAGUCGCUAUAGAUUUCUAUUCGAUUUGUGGGAAUACGGAAGCAAAGUAUAA